AUGAAUGAUAAUAAAAUUCCCAUAUUUUUAAAAAAUUUUGUUGAAGAAGAAAUUCAAACACAUGAAAAGUUAGAUAAAAAAUUAAAAGAAACAGCAGAAAAAUAUGAAAGAAGUUAUGAGAAAGUAAAAAUAUUAAAUGAAAUCAAAUCUAAAAAUAAUAACAUUGAUGAAAAAAUUUUUUUACUUAAAGAAGCUCUUGAAACAAUUAAAAUUGAAAACAUUAAGAAUUACCAAAAUCCUUUAGAGGCAGAAAAAGUAAUAGAAGAAAACUUAAGAAGAAAACAAACUAUCCUGAAGGAAAAAUUGUUAAGACUUGAUGAGUUAAUUAAAAUAAGAAAAGAACUUGAAGAAAAAUUAUGUGAUAAAGAUAGAAAAAAUAAAGAUGGAAAAAUGGAGAUUUUGUAUAGUAUAAAUUUUUAA